CCUCCCGGAAGCAGUCAAGUUGGAGCAAACUUGCUCGAAAGAAGUAACACGCUCCACUAAUUUUCAGAAAGUUUAUUUAUAGAGGAUACGCAUUUUUGUUGUGUUUAUUACACACACGCGGGAUAUAUGCGAUUCGGAUUUUGAAGCGUGAGAAAAGAUUCUCAUCAAGUUUCACUUUUUUUUUUUUCUUCUGAAAAUGAUUUGAUGGCAGGCCACCUCAUUUCAUCAUUUGCUUCUCAACUUCCUGGAUACAUGUACAGUAGUACUCAAAUUUACGUGGUAGGCAACGAAUUUCACAAGCGAAAACAACGUGUGAGAGAAGGAGUUCACAUGGGCUAGGUUACACUUUAUCAUGACAAAACAAAAAUGUUAGAUCACGAGCGCGCGCUAAAUUUAUAUGGAUUAGCACUAUACUAUAACCCACAAGAAGACUGUGAUUGACCUGGAUUAUUUUCUACAUCAGUGGUAGUUUAAUCCAGUUACAGUUUAGCUAAUCUGAUCCCGUAAAUCAUCCUUUUACCUUGAUCUAUACGACUACUCGGACUGUCGCCUUGCAGUUCCUACAUUGCCGUGGCAGCUAUUGGCACACAGGAUGAAAAUAAGUCGGCAGCAUCGGAGAGAGACGAUGGCGAUAUGUGGGCGAAGGAGUCGGCCAAAGUUAAUGCUUUGCAUUAUCGGCGCCUCAGUGCUUGGAUACUUCAUAUUUCAUAAAAGUACUUCAGGCUCUGUCAGUCGAACAGAACGAAGAGGGCUGUCAGACGGAGAAGACGUCGACCAUCCUAAACUUCUGAGCAGACCUGUCUAUAAUAAGCCUCCUUUAGAACUCAAUUCCUUGGGCGAGAUGGGGAGAGCUGUUAAACUAGACCUCACAGGGGACGAAAAGAGAAAAGAAGAGGAGAGUAUUAAGAAACACCAAAUCAACAUUUAUGUUAGCGACAAAAUCUCUCUCCACCGCAGGUUACCUGAACGAUGGAAUCCUGAAUGUAAAAACCUGAAGUAUGACUACCAGAGUUUGCCCUCCACCACAGUAGUGAUUGCCUUCUACAAUGAGGCCUGGAGCACUCUGCUGCGCACGGUGCACAGUGUGCUGGAGACCUCACCCGAUCUCCUGCUUAAUGACAUUAUCCUGGUGGAUGACUACAGUGACAGAGAGCAUUUGCAGGAGCCUCUGGAGAACUACAUAGCUAGUCUGAGGAAGGUGCGUCUGAUCCGAGCGAGGAAGAGAGAGGGACUGGUGAGAGCUCGGCUACUGGGUGCCUCCAUUGCCACAGGCGACGUGCUGACUUUUCUGGAUUGUCAUUGUGAGUGCCAUGAGGGCUGGCUGGAGCCCCUGCUUCACAGAAUAAAGGAGGAACCCACUGCUGUGGUGUGCCCAGUAAUAGACGUCAUUGACUGGAACACUUUCCAGUACCUGGGCAACCCAGGAGAGCCUCAAAUUGGAGGCUUUGACUGGCGGCUUGUGUUCACAUGGCACCAAGUUCCUGAGUAUGAGCAGAAAAGAAGGCGUUCCGCAACAGAUGUCAUCAGAUCUCCAACAAUGGCAGGAGGCCUUUUUGCAGUUGGCAAGAAGUACUUCCAUUACUUGGGCACAUAUGACACAGGGAUGGAAGUUUGGGGAGGAGAGAACCUGGAGUUUUCUUUCAGAAUCUGGCAGUGCGGAGGCAGUUUGGAGAUCCACCCCUGUUCCCACGUGGGCCACAUCUUCCCCAAAAAGGCCCCCUACUCCCGGAGCAAGGCCCUGGCUAACAGCGUACGGGCAGCUGAGGUCUGGAUGGACGAAUACAAGGAGCUGUAUUACCACCGCAACCCCCAUGCACGCCUGGAGGCUUAUGGCGAUGUGACAGAGAGGCGGAAGCUGAGGAUGCGUCUAGGCUGUAAGAACUUCAAAUGGUUCCUGGAAAACAUCUACCCCGACAUCCAUGUCCCAGACGACCAGCCUGGCAAGUUUGGCAUGUUAAAGAAUCGAGGAAUGGAAAACUAUUGCUUCGACUACAAUCCACCUGAUGAAAAUAAUAUUGUGGGCCACAAGAUCAUUCUGUAUCCGUGUCAUGGCAUGGGCCAGAACCAGUUCUUUGAGUACUCCUCAGCUGGAGAAAUCCGCUACAACACCAGGGAGCCUGCAGGCUGCGCUGUGGCCGACCCUGUCUCCACCUUCCUCAGCAUCCAUCUGUGCAGGAAACUCUUGGAGGCUGUUCCGGAGGACCAGAGGUUUGAGUUCAGAGAGGAUGGCACCCUGUAUCAUGUCCAAAGUCAGCAGUGUGUCCAGGCUGAACAGACACUGGACAAAGACAUCCCCGGGCCUGCUCUCCGUCCCUGCACUGGCUCCGCCCACCAGCAGUGGUUCUUUGAAGAGAGGGCAUAACACGGGGGAGCCUCCACAACCUCGGAGCACUUCUCUGCAGGAAGCUGGAACACUAGCACCACCACCCGGCAGCAGACUGGUGUGCACAUUUUCCACUGGUUACUGAGAUAAGCAGCUAUGGUGAUAUAGGCAGCCACAUUCUUGCAGUUAGCAUUAGAAGCACUUGAUGGCGCCAACUCCUCCAUUUGCUAUAUGUGUUCUGAUACAGCAUCCUCCAUGUUCUCUAGUCAGCUCACGCUGAUCAUUUACAUGGCACCCUUUUGAUUCUCUUCUCUCCCAUUACAGUAGUUCAGAUUGAUGUUUUAGCAGGGCAGAUACAAUUACUAGUUAGGGGUACAAAUGAAUGAACAUUCAAACAUUUAAAAGCACACUACUGCCUACCAUUCACAGUCCUAAAUCUACUGAUGAGGAAAUAGAAAAUGGUUGACUGGUGGGACUAUGUUUAGAAGAAACCUCAUGGUCUGGAAGACACUCCAUAGGUUUUAUUCAGUAGAUGCUAGGACAGGGGUAAGGCGAUUGCAUUAAUCAAACUGUUAUUAUUUUCUCUUCCAUUCCAUACACUGACUGAAUGAUAAUUCAUGUGAUGUGUGUGGAUGUGUGCCUCUUUAGACUACUGGUGUCAGGUUGCUGCUGAGUAAGCAGUCAUUAGGGGCAAGAGGUUGAUUCACUUUGACACUGAUCUGCCACAGUACAUACGUUAACAAAUCAAUUGAAUAACCUUAUGUUCAGGCUUAUUUAUGGCUACAGUUGCUUACAGUGGAGACUGGUGGUGUAAUGCAUCAAGAAACUGCAAAAAAAAAAAAUAAUAAUCUAAUUUAUUAUUUGUGGAUGUUUUAAGUGCCUUAGUUUAUGUUACAAAUAAUGUAAAAGAUUUUUCCAAUGGUCUGUGUAAUGAAACACUGCUUAAUAUCAUAUUUGUUGAGGCUCAAAUGUAUAAUUUGAUGUAACAUGAAUAGAGAAACUGAGAAACCGAAUAUAUCAAAGUCCGUUUAUUCAAGAAGACAUUUGUCUUGCGGGCACAUGACACUGGCACAGUAGUACAAAAAUGCUACGAGAGUCCACCCAGCUAAGGAGGCCUGAUUGAUGAGCCAUGCAUACUCCACUGGCAGUACUUGGAGGGAUACUGGAGUGCAGACAGACUGGUGAGGAUAAAUCAGACCUGUAGACACUUACCUCUAACACUGAUGCUUAUGAGUCCUUAAGAAGCCACUUAUGAUUCAUUGUAAUGAAAUCCAUUGAACUUCAUGAGUGGUAGCUUUCUGUCAUUAAUGAAAUGAAAAAGUUACAAAUAUUUGUUUUAAAUAUCUUACAAAAACAUCUUACAUGAUCUUUUAACUUUGAAAUACAGCUGUUCUGACUUCUCAAGGGAAAUAAAUAACUCAAGUAAUUGCAGUGUUAUUGAACCACUGGUUUAUGCACUUUAUUGUGAACCAAUGUCACAGUCGAGGCAUUAACGGAACUGAGCAAUUACACCAUUCCUUUAGAAUUAAUUUACACAGCCUAUUAAGUAUCAUAUGUUUUCACUGGUAAUAUAAUGGAAUUGGACUUAAAAGGAAGAAACCUUUUUUUUUAAAGUUGUAAAUGCUGGGGUGUAAAUUUAAGCACCUUUUCUUCUCCUGCAUCUUUUUGUAUUUUCAUUAACUAUUAGUUAAUAUUUCUGUGAAUUCAGACUUCAUUUGUACUAUUAAUGUUUUGUUAGUUCUUUUGAAGGAUGAGGCAUGUUUCAGGACUUGUUUGUACAUGGGUGUUAUUUGUAAUUGGAUUCUAACAAUGGAAAAUAAAGACUUUCAGUAACACCU